AUGUUCGUGGCCGGCCUCGAUGCUCCUUCUCCUCAAUCUCCAAUCGAUGCAGCGCCAACGAGACUCCCGGAUCCUUUCACCCUUCUUACUGCUCGUCUUCGUGAAGCCUUGCUCUCCCAGCGCAAAGUAUCCAUCUGGCAGCCCGACAAGAACAAGUCAUUUCAAGUCCUUUUGGUCGACAAGGACAUCCGCUUUCCUCCCCGGAAAAUCGGGCCUCAGGACGACUCGCAGCAUGCCGUGCCGCAUUCUCCCCUCUCUCCAUUGACGCCUUCUUCCCCUUUGUAUCCUGACGGGCUCAUCGCACCCAUCUGGAUUCGCAAGCAUACAACUCUGGUGCCGUCAGUAUUCGUGUUAUUCCUGCGCCUCUUCGAAUUUCCCCUACACAAUCUCCGGUCGCCGUUGGACGCUCCAGAUCCUGAUCGCGAGAAGGACAGGGAGCAGGAAGAGCGGAAGCGGGAUGGAGAGCUGGCUUCAUAUGUCGCGUCGAGGAAAAAGUCUACUAAUGAGCGCAACAUGAAGCUUACCGUGGUCCUCAUGGCGAGCAGAAGGAUGCUAGACGAUCCUGCACUGGAUGCUAGAUUAACCUUUAUACGAAAACAGAGUGGCCUUGAUGCCAGAGCUGCUUUGUUUGUUCUUAGCCCCGUAAGCUCCUCGGAAUUGGGCGACUUUGUACAGAGCCUUCAGCAAGCGUUGUACGAACCGGCAGUGGAGUAUUACACUUCACAUUCCAAGCGUGUCAGGCGUAAACGGAACCGUCACACCCAAGCCGUAUCAUCAUAUUCAAACCCUCUAAGCCCUGUCGGCCAUCCUGGAACCAUACGGCCUCUGCGUCCGGAAGGUUGGACUGUUCGGUAUGAAUACAAGAUGGCUUGCUUUGCCGAGUUCCGAGGGGAAGAUGAAGUCGCUCUCAAACACUAUCAGGACGCGUACGAGGUUCUUGCCGUGAUGUUCGGUUCCAUGUCAAUUCUUCCACCCCGCACCAAGCGAUGGGCUGAAGCCAAAGUACUUGCUGAUUGUAUCAACAUCAAAAUAACAAAGCUAUACCUGUAUAACAACGAACACUCCCUGGCAUUGUCCCACCAUACCACCCACAUCAGAAAGUUUGGUGAUCUAUCACGGGGAUGGGGGAUUGGUGAGGAGACUUUCGAGUAUUGGAGUUGGGUGGCUCGACAGUACCGUAUUCUCGCAGAGCUAUUGGAACAAGGGACGCAUUCAACGCUCUCUCUCCCCUCUCAUCGUCCUGUUGCUUAUAACACCGCCCUCUAUACUUCUACGGCUCAGAAUCCAUCCAGCUCUCGAGGGUCCACUCCCGCGUUAGAAACGGAUGCAUUGCGAUCUUUGGGAUUGAAUCCGAGCUAUGCUUUGCAGCAUCCAGGGUUCUAUUAUUACAUGGCUGCCAGAUGCACAGAAAUGAGAAGAGAACGCUUCCUCAUAGCGUUGGACGCCGAGGGCGUCUCCAAUUCACCAGGCUUUGCAAACGAGAAGAAGGUCGAUCACCUUGUCAUUAUUCUCGAGUUGUACACCAAGUCAUAUGAGCUGUUCAAGAAAUAUACCCCAAGCUCUCAAGGUCAAAGCCAAGCUCGGCUGACCCUCUGGAUCGCAUAUCGCAUCGGACAAACAUAUUUUGAUUCUGGUAAGUUUGACAUGGCGAUCCGCUUCUUUGAACGAAUCGCGAAGACAUACCGCCGCGAGAAUUGGGAUCCUAUGUUAAGGCCGCUACUAACGACGUGGUACGCUUGCGUUCAGCAACUCGGUGACGUAGAAUUGAGCGUACGGCUGCUCAUUGAAAUGUUAGGGCAUGGCGUCGACGAAUCAGAGGAGCCAGAAACACUUCAGGAUGAUUUGCUUGCGGUUCUAAAGAGCACGGUACCCUCAUCGCCGGAUGAACCGUUCAUUAUCGACCUUUCCGGAUCGCAACCAAUAUUUGAUUCCAAUGUCGUUUUCUGGACUCAUGAAGUGAAGGUCGGACAACCCGUUGCAUUCCAGGUCUCAAUCACUGCGCCUUCUGACGUGGCGAUAUGCGAGCUCCCUUUCAUGUCUUUGUCCAUUCGAUUUUCAGACGAUACUUUGCCAUUGGUUCUUCUUCAACAUUCAGGUGCCGAAAUAGACGAACCGUCCAAGGUUACUCAUAUUAACCUUGGACAUAUUUCCAAGACAGGCACGGAUGUGCCGCCUACUUUAAAAACAAAUUUGCGAUGGAAACAGGAUUCGACCCUUGUAUUGUCAGGAACAUUCUCAUCGGAGGUCCCAACAACGCUCAAGAUCGAGGAGCUUCUCUUGACGUUGACAGAGGGUACAUGGAAUAUCCAGAUACCAAUGGAUCCAUGCAGUUAUAGACACAAGAUCCUGCCUACGAGCAAAUGGCUAGCUUCGCUGAAGCCUCUGAAAUUCAUCAAUGUCAAACGUGAAAAUUCAUCUUCUAUGAUUGUUCGUCAUCGCUCCCAUAAUGUUUUAUUAUCGUUAACGCACCAUUCGCCUGCGUGUAUCGACGAAGUAUAUCCCAUUUCCAUCGAGGUUACGAAUGCCGAUAAUAGAGAGCUGGAGGUCACAAUGGAUAUACUUUUGCAGCCCACAGAGGUCGACGAUGCAGUCAACUCGAUAACUCUUGAUGACGAGCAAUCCUCUGGUCUUAUCAAGGGCAUCUCUUUUGGCGUCCUUAUGCCAGGCGUGAGCUCAAUCAAAACCUUGAAUCUCUUCAACACAGGCGGUGCUGGGGAUAGGAUGAUUGAUAUAUCCAUUCAGUCACGGGUAUCGUCGAGAGAUGAUCCUAAGGAAGAUUUGUCGAAGUCGGAUAUGGAAGAUGUGUCAGAGAUUCUACAGACGCUGACAGUACCUACUGUCAAAGCGCUCAAAGUCACAUAUGACGUCGCAUAUAGGCGUCAUUUGGAUGAGCGGCUGGGGUUAGCGGAUUUGAGAAGGUUUGAAGAAGACUUUUGGGAUGAUGGUGAAGCAGGAGAGGCUCUUGUGACUCUCAGGUUGGAGUGUGCGGGGCCGUGGGCCUUGGAGUUGCAGAAAGUUACUCUUGAAAGACAGAACAAUGAUGGUGCAAAAGUUUUGGAAACAUCGACCGAUAUGUUCGAUGAAGCGGACUUCUCCUCAGAAUAUGUUCCAGGCGACGAGUUCUCGGGCUUAUGUCGGAUAAGCCUGCAAGGGGGUGAACAGUAUAUUCCUGGACCGGGUACCUAUCUGGUCCAGUGGUGUAGAAUACACGAUGACGGAACAAGAGGAUCGACUUCAACGAGUGUAUUCCCACUUCCUUCACUGCGACUGCCUACCGAUGGCUUGGUUGGACUCCUCCAAAUAUCUCCUGUUGCUCGACUACACCAAGCCCUCCCACUAACACUGAGAAUAUGCAAUAAUCAUCCUACGCGAUCAGCGACUUGUACCGUCCAUGUGGAGCCCGACCCAUCUGAUGGGUUUGUUAUCGCUGGUCUGCGUAGCGGUAGGGUUCCUAUCCUCUUGCCAGGGACGGAGGAGAAGAUACUUUGGAAUUUGAUUCCCAUUGAGUGUGGGUAUAUCAAGCUCCCGAAGAUAAAGGUCGUUGAUCACAGGAAAUUGAUCAUCAACGUACAAGGAAUAGGCGAAAGUGAGGUGGAAGGCCAGGCGGUCAAGAUUGUCGAUGUCAGACUUGAUCGGAGAAGGGAAAGUGUAAUUGCUGAGAGUAACGAGACGGAGCAGGAGGGCGGGAAGAAUACAAGGCCUCCAGAUCCGGAGAAUGACUCCGAGGAAAUAUGGGGUACUGUGCUUGUGCUACCGUAG